UAAUCCGCCCUACUCUGUCUCUGACUGGCUGAGCCUGGUAUCCUUACCUUAACCAUAACACUCCUUAUGUAUAAACCUAACCAACCCAGUCAAAGAUGGUAACGAGUACUAACCAAUCAGAGGCAGAGUAAAUUAAUUGGCGGUCCGCGGUGGCUCAACUUCCCAGCAUCGUUGUUAACUAAGUCGAUCGCCUUUUCCAGCUGAAGCACGCUGUUGAUGCAUCAGUCAGCUCCUGCAGGUCUCUCUGGCCUGUGUCGAGUCACGGAUCAUCUUUAUCUCAGUAAUGGCAGAGCAGCCCGUGAUGCCUCCCAGGUGACUCCUAACAAGAUAACUUGCAUCAUUAACGUCACUGAGACCAGGAGCAGCAGCCCUGCUCCUCCAGGGGUGGAGGAAUACAUCCACAUCCCUGUCUCUGACUCCCCGGCGUCUCCUCUCUGUGAUCACUUUGACAGUGUUGCAGAUCAAAUACAGCUGGUGGCAGAUGUCGAUGGCCGCACUCUGGUACACUGCAACGCCGGUGUGAGCCGCUCCGCCGCCCUGUGCAUGGCCUACCUGGUGAAGCACUGCGGUGUGACCCUCCUGGAGGCCCACAGGUGGGUGAAGACCUGUCGACCCAUGGUGAGGCCGAAUAAUGGCUUCUGGAAGCAGCUAAUUCAAUAUGAGAAGAAGCGUCGUGGUUGCACGUCUGUCCGGAUGGUCUCCUCCUCCAUGGGAGAAAUACCAGACAUUCAUGAAGAAGAGGCCAGAAAUAUGACGCCCCUAUAA